AUGGAUGAGGAGAACAUUCUUGAAUAUGGUGAGUGCUUAUCAUGUGGUUUAAAUAACAGCUUCAGUGUGAUAAAUCUACUCACAGACACCUGCACAAUUAUGAAUAUGAACCAUGGAAUGCAUGUUUCCAUCAUUCGGCACUUCUGCUGAAAAAGGCUUACUUUUGGGCGUAAUACCUAUCACGAGGAUCGUAAUCGCCAAUUUAUGAAUGACACACCUGGAAACACGCAUAGGGAACCCAACCCACAGUCUCUUCAUAGUGUUUUGAGUUGAAACGUCGGCAUCUGAAUCUCUUGAUGGUGUCAAAACAAUAAAACUGACAACAUCUUACUAACUAAAAUAACUAAAAAGUUUAUUUCUAGUAGAAGAUAAAAACGUUUCAGACUGAGGCUCGUUUUGCAAAGACAGACCUACAAUGUAGUUUGCCAACAUUAAUACAAAUGCAGUAUAUUUAACCCACAAGUAAUGCUACCCACGUGGAAAUGUCUACAACAUUUGACCAGGCUGAGAGAAAAUUUACCCCAAUUUAGAUUACAUUUGUAAAACAUUGUCUCGGUUUCAGCCAAGUAAAAUCGUUUCACAUGAAAGUGGCUAUCCUUUUCAACAAAAGAAGGUCAGAAAAUUUUCAGUUCAGUCCCACCUUUUUAGAGCCCUGUUUAAUUAAAUAAAGAUACAGGUUCAAGGGUUUUCAGGUUCUUUAACUAAAAUGCCACGUUCGUUUUUGCCUUAUUCACAUUUAUACUUUUUCCCUCACUUGCAUGUCGUGCCAUUUACUCAGUGCAUUUAUAUCACCUUUUUUUGUCUUUUAAUAGCUUCAACUAUCUCGAAGUUGGGCGUUGUUUCCCUUCUAUUAGAUUCUAAAGCUACAAUUACCCAUGAAGCUUUGACCAUGAUGCUGCAAAUUCCCUUGGUAGCCACGGACACUGGAUCCAGUCUUCCUGGCGGUGCAGAUCAUUUGAGAUAUGCUGUGAGAAUGGGUCCAAGCGAACAUGAUAUAUCAGCAGCGAUACAGGGAAUUAUUAGUUAUCAUAAUUGGACAAAUCUGCUUGUCAUGUAUGAUGGUGAGUUUACAAAAGAAGAGUUUUUUUUUUUUUCCGGCGGUUUUUUUUUUUUUUUUUUCAACAGUAUAAGAUUUUGGGAAAAUAUUCCCCUACCCCCCCCCCAAACCCCCUUUUGCCCCAUGAGAAUCGUCCAAAAAAUUGUUUGGGGGGGGGGUGAAAAUACUUUUCGUUUUUUUUUUUUUUCUUAUAUGUUUAUUUUUUUUUUUCCGGGGGUUUUUUUUUUUUUUUUGCAACAGUAUAAGAUUCUGGGAAAAUACUCACCUACCCCGCCCCCAAACCACCUUUUGCCCCAUGAGAAUCGUCGAAAAAGUUGCUUAGGGGAGUGGUAAUCAUACUGUUCGUUUUAUUUUAUUGUCAUGUCAGUUUAUAGACCUUAUUCACAAUACCAACCAUUUCUGCACGCGCAUUGAUAUGGGAUAAAAGCAAUGUCACGUGGUAUUUCAGGGGGCAAACAAGUGAUAACAUUUUCCAAUACGAGUAAUCGCGGUCGAGUUUGCUUAUACUCUCAGAGCGAGGGAGGAUUUAAGUCUUACAAAAUGUGCAGUUCGAGUCAGUUUUAACAAGUUUUAUGUCCGUAUGCCUGCUACUGCAUCCAGAAAAGAGACAAUGAUCACUUCCACUCAUAAUUUGCCAUUAUGGUCUUUAAGGUAAAAAGUUGUUCAUUUUCUGUUGUUUAUCAAUUUUUAUCACUCACUUUAGCAGUUUUUAUCACUCGUUUGCCCCGUGAGAAACCACGUGACAUGUGACAUUGCUUUUAUCCUAUCACGUGCAAAGAUGGCGGUUAUCGUUGAUAAUUAACAAUUAAUGAAUGAGGCUGAGUAUCUUAUGAAGAAUUAUGGAGAUCGAGGAGGGUGUUAAACAUGCUUACCUUCAUCGAUCCAUCGAUCUUAAGUUUAUCUUCCAUAGUGCACGUUUAGGUUUGUCCAGCUCGCAAAUAUUCUCCAAAUAGCAGAUGUCGCCCUUCGAGUUGUCUUCUUGCUGUUCUUGCCAUUUUUUUAGCUAUUUUUUCGCCUAGUUCUUACUCUUGAAACGAGUGAAACGACCGCCAUUUUUGUUUCCACAACCAAAACAACUCAACCCCGUCCCCAGGUCUUCUCGGUUAACGGUGCCUUAACCUCCACUAACGCUGCAUUUUUGACGUAAUUUCCUCGUUAAACACAAAAUUCUUCCAAAUUUGGUCAUCAGUAACUGGGUAUGGUAAAUUAAACGUGUGCUUUUAGCCAAUCAGAAUCGAGGAAAUAUUUUGAAUGAAUAAUAAGGUCUAUUAAUACAUCUCAAAAUUUGAACAAUAAAAUAAAUAUAAAUAAAUGCACAAAUAUAUGCAUCAAUAAAUAAGUAAAUAAACAAAUAAAUAAACUGAUAUUCUUUUCUUGUAGUUAGAUGGAGGCACUUGGCUCACGACUUUGUUCUCAGCCUUCCACCAAAAAUAAAGGUUACUAAACUACCGCUUGAGCUUGAUCAUCAUGGUCACGCCUCGAAAUUGUGUGAAGAAACCAAAAGAAAGCUUGUUGGCUUUCACGAUGCACCUAUCGAAGCAUUUGUAGUAUUCCUGGAAAAUCACUGGGUCGAGAGUAUUAUAAACCAGGUAUGGAGAAACGAAAAGAGGAGACAUGUUUUGUUAUCCCUUGCUUUUAAAUUUUUUCGUUUCUUUAGUUAGUUUUAUUUGUUCUUAAGGUGUUUCGAUACAGUUUUUCAGAGGCCAUACCGAUAUUUUUCAAUCGCCUUAAAAGUGGUUUUUUCCUUGUCAGAUCGCUAUAAAAUUUUUACCAGUAACUGGCUAUGGAUUGAGAUUUGUGAAAAUGUAGUUUUAAAUAAAAUCGAUAUUACUAUGACAACAAUAAACAAAAAACUUUGAAAUUGAUAAAAGCCAAAUUUUGUGUGAUCUAGACCUGCUACUGAAAAUCCAACACUAGGAACUUAAAGUUUGGUGUUUAGCAAACAAUCUCCGAAAGAAGUAAAAAAUUCUGCAUGUUUGAAUUCGACUAAACCGAAAAUAUAUUUCAAACCUUAAAUUUUCAAUAGCGGUGAUAGAUUAUUUAAUGAAAACGUUAUAAAUGACUCAAAUUAUUUUUAAGUAGCGUAAGAAUGAUGUUUAAUAUCAUAUUUUGAUGCUAGAAAAUUUUGGUGCACUUUCGUUCAUGCGAUCUUGAAAUCUAACCCGUUUUCUCACCACCUGUAUAAGUGUAACUUCAUUCAGAAUUUGGACUUUUAGCGCUUUCUUGUAUAUCUCCAAAACGACUCGAACGAAUUUUUUUUAAAAUCUCUUCACAUAAUCUUCAUAAUGUAUAUAAAAAUGUCUGUAACUUUCAUUAAGAUUGAUUCACUGCAACACCUUGAAAUUUCAAGAGAAACCUAUCCUACGAACCAGUCAAAAAUCUGUGUUACAAUAUUCACUGUUUUGACGUUAUGCUAAUUUUUCCAAAUUAAUGCGGACAAUACAUAUAUCCAUGACUAGUACAUUUCAGUGUGAGUAUUGUCAAUGUUUUACAUUCAAAAGAUGCGAUAAAUUCAAACUAAAAUGUACUAGUCAUGGAGGUAUGUAUAGUGCGCAUUAUUUUGGAAAAAUUAGCAUAACGUCAAAACAGUGAAUGUUGUAACGCAGAUUUUUGUCCGGUUCGUAGGAUAAGUUUGUCCUGAAAUAUCAAGGUGCUGCAGUGAAUCAAUCUUAAUGAAAGUUUCAGACAUUUUUAUAUACAUUAUGAAGAUUAUGUGAAGAGAUUUUAAAAAAAUUCGUUCGAGUCGUUUUGGAGAUAUACAAGAAAGCGCUAAAAGUCCAAAUUCUGAAUGAAGUUACACUUAUACAGGUGGUGAGAAAACGGGUUAGAUUUCAAGAUCGCAUGAACGAAAGUGCACCAAAAUUUUCUAGCAUCAAAAUAUGAUAUUAAACAUCAUUCUUACGCUACUUAAAAAUAAUUUGAGUCAUUUAUAACGUUUUCAUUAAAUAAUCUAUCACCGCUAUUGAAAAUUUAAGGUUUGAAAUAUAUUUUCGGUUUAGUCGAAUUCAAACAUGCAGAAUUUUUUACUUCUUUCGGAGAUUGUUUGCUAAACACCAAACUUUAAGUUCCUAGUGUUGGAUUUUCAGUAGCAGGUCUAGAUCACACAAAAUUUGGCUUUUAUCAAUUUCAAAGUUUUUUGUUUAUUGUUGUCAUAGUAAUAUCGAUUUUAUUUAAAACUACAUUUUCACAUAUUUCAAUCCAUAGCCAACUACUGGUAAAAAUUUUAUAGCGAUCGGACAAGGAAAAAAUCACUUUUAAGGCGAUUGAAAAAUAUCGGUAUCGCCUCUGAAAAACUGUAUCGAAACACCUUAAGCCAAAUGUCUUAAAACAGUCUUGAGCCCCGAAGUCUCUAAUUCAUAUAGUACCGGCCAUUUUUUAUCUUUGAGAAUAUGGCAUAUGUCAUCAAGUUUACCUCUUCUAAAUGUAUGCUGUUAUCACGUGCGUGGAGGAAGGGGUGGGGGAAAGCUUCGCUGUAAAGGUUGUGCUUGCCGGAAAAGUCCCUCCCACUACCCCCCAAAAGGUACCAGAAUCGCCUUUUGUGUGCUUACUUCGCUUAAAUUCAUUUUUACCCCCAAGAGGUACUAGCUCUGAAAAAAACAAUAAAUCAAAUGACAAUUUUGAACAGAGAGGGAAAAUUAAAAUAGAGCCGAUCCCGUUGACCAGCAACUAAUUCUCAUCAUUUUGCGGCUGAUCUGAGGUGAUUUCAGGUGAACUCUUUGAUUUGCAUCAACUUUUUCUACAGGUUCACUGUGCAUGCUCAAUAAAGAUAGAGAAGCCUCAUAACUGGCUUUUGGCGGAUCCGGUAAGUGAGUUCUUCCCUUCAGCGUUCUAAAAUCAACUGGUUAAAAAAUGAACUUCGACGACGCCCGCUUCCUGAUUAAUUUAAAACCGCCCACCACUGAGUUUGUUCUCAAUCGUCACGAUCUUACCGAAAAUAUGGAUGCAGCAUUGAGAAUACUACAGUUAUCUAUCGAGUUCAGGACUCAUUAGAUAAAUGAAUUUUUGAAGCGAUUGGGUAGUUUUAAGUUGUCCUUUGGCAAAUUUGCACUUACCUGAAAUGCAUGUAAAGCACAAAUCCAAGUUCUUGAUUAAACUCUCAACUAUAUCAGUCAAUAGUUACGAUUAUAAUUUAGAUUAUGAUUAUAAUCAUUGUUUACCAUUUUCGUUCAACUUAGAUCUCUUCAACUGGUCUGACUGUUCAACCUUCACAAGUGGUCAUGGGAUUUCAGCCACACAAAUCCAAUAGCAAUUUGACGCAGAAUUUAAUGGCAGAUUUAUUACCGUCUCAGGACAUAAAGGUUUGGAACAUUUUUCAUAUAUAUUUUUUUCUAUUUCUUGUUAUUGAUACAUUAACAAUUAAUGAAUGAGGCUGAGUAUCUUAUGAAGAAUUGUGGAGAUCGAGGAGGGUGUUAUCCGUCGAGGCCGUAGGCCGAGGCGGAUAAAACCCUCCGAGAUCUCCAUAAUUCUUCAUAUGAUACGAAAGCCGAAUUCAAGAAUUCUUUUAUUAUUCAUUCAAAAUAAUUCCUAGUUUAAAAACAUGGCUACUGAACAUGCUUACCUCCAUCGAUUCAUCGAUGUUGAGUUCAUCUUCGAUAGUGCUCGUUUAGGUUUGUCCAGCUCCGUAAAUAUUCUCCAAUUAGCAGAUGCCGCCCUUCGAGUUGUCUUCUUGCUGUUGACUUGCCAUGUUUUUAGCUAUUUUUUCGCCUGUAGUUCUUACUCUUGAAACUAGUGAAAUGGCCGCCAUUUUUCAAGUUCACAACCAAAACAACUUAACCUCGUCCCCAGGUCUUCUCGGUUAACGGUGCCUUAACUUGCGAAAACGCUGCAUUUUUGACGUCAUUUCCCCGUUAAACAUAAAAUUCUUCCAAAUUUAGUCAUCAGUAACUGGUUAUGGUGAAUUAAACGUGUGCUAAUCGGGAAAAUAUUUUGAAUGAAUAAUAAUCUAUAAUAAGCUGAACAAUCGUUCGAUUUUAAAGGACUCUUCAUUUCUUAUCUACGAUGCUGUCUGGACUGUUGCGCAUGCUCUUCAAGCGUUGAUAUCCAGUGGAGAAUGGGAAAACAGUUCAAGUGGAACAUUGCAGCUAUCACCGAAUGGCAUUUUUUUACUGGAGCAAUUAAAAAGGGUGAGCAACUGUUGCCUGAUUUCUUUCAAAAUGCAUUUUCGCUAUGAUAUAUUGCAUUCAGGUGAAUUGUAAGCCUGGUGAUUAUAUGAGAAUAAUGUAAGUUUAUUUUUUCUUUCAGUAACACAGGCGGUUAGAUAGAAAAACAACAACAACAACCUAUGUAUAUGUUAUGGUUCAGUUUUAUCCUUGGUUUAAAUUAUUUUUUCUUUUGAUUUGGGGAACGGUAAUGUAUGGUAAUGAGUUUGAAAGAAAAGGAAAUAGAAUUUAAACUAAGAAUAAAAUUGAACUACAAAAUAUACGUUUUAAAAUUUGUAGCUUUUCUCUGCACGCCUCGACUAUUUACUAACAAGUAUAUUAUCCUUUAUUCUCGCAUAUUUUGUAACCGUCAGGUUGAAAUAAAGGGAACCACGGAUCUCAUCCAGUUUAACAGCUCAGGAACUCGGAUUAACAGCAAAUUGGAUAUCAAGAACCUUCAAAAUAAUAAGUUUGUGACGGUAUGUAACGUAAAGGAACGUAACGUAACGUACUGUGAUGUUGCGGAUGAGGGGACAUCAAAAUACGUGUCCGCUUUACGUUAUACAGUAACAGUAAGCGCUUGGACUUAAGCAUAUUAUUGGUGCCUCACCUUGGUUGUCAGGCCAAAUAUGAGAUGGCUGUAACCCACCCAACCUAUGAAAUCAUGUCAUUUUAUGCAAAGUCAAGUUGUUUGGUUUGGUUGUUCUGUUUAAGGCCGAUAUUACAUUAGAGAUCAUACUAACUUUUUGUUCCGCACUCAACAGUUCAUUUUGACGUGGUGUACAUAUAAAUUGGGGGGAAUAUUUCUUCGCGUAGGUUAUUUCCUAUUUGGGGGGUAGUGAUAAAUUUCAAACAUUAGAGCCAGAAAACAAAUCAGUACCAUAACAUUCGUUCAUAACGAGCUAAAAUUAAAAGUGUGAAGGGUGUAUUUUUUUUAUAAGAACAUCUCAGUCACUGUGUUGUCCAUACCCCAGGCGCGACGUAAGCAAGUUCCAAUGCCCUUCUUUGUCAUCAUUUUGAGAAAGAAAAAGUUCCAGAGCUAGAAAAUUUGGAGAAAGAGAGAAAUCAUUUGACACCACGAACUAGAUAAGAAUUGAUUUUCUGAUUUUUAAAGGUUAAUGUAUUGUGUAAAACGUAAAUAGGUUGGCCAGUGGAGUUCUUCUCAGCACAAGCUUCAAAUCAGUAGCAGACUUCAACAAAACAAAGAGACUGCCGGGAUAGUUCCCCUGGACAAACUUAACAGGCGCCUCAAAGUAGCUGUUGUUAAGGUAAAGGACCCACUGAAAAGCGCCAUGGCGAGUUGUACCCCCUCUUUAAAUAUAUAACAAUUAUUGGAUGAGGCGGAGUUUCAUCUGAAGAAUUAUGGAGAUCGAGGAGGGUGUUCAAAUGAUAGGAAAGCCGAAUUCCAUAACUGUUUUAUUAUUCAUUCAAAAUAAUUCCUAGUUAAAAACAAGCUAAAACAUACUUACCUCCAUCGAUAUUAAAAUAAUCUUCAAUUACAUGUUUAUCGGCAAGUUUAGGAGAUAAAAGGUUGUUCAUUACUGCAGAAAAAUAUUCGCCAAAUAGCAGAUGUCGUCAGUCGAGUUGUCGUCUUGCUGUUCUUGCUAUGUUUUUUGCCAAUAGCUCGCCCGUUUCUUCCUCGUAAAACAAGGGAAGUGUUUCGCUAUUUUGUACUCACUACCAGUUGAAGACAACUCAACCUCGUCCUUGUCCUAAUGUUUUAGGAGACACAUUUGUUUGACACGAAGCUGUAUAUAAUUUGUCAAGUUCCACAGCGAACUGGCAUAAUUAAUUUUAAAAUGACACAGCUCCUUUAAAUUCAGAUUUUUGGCAGUCAUUUUUUUUUUCUUUUUUUAGGAUGCUCCGUUUGUGAUGGUGAAUAAAGAUGGCGAACUGGAAGGCUUUAGCAUUGACCUUAUUAAGAAGAUCGCUGACAUGCUUUCCUUUAGAUAUGACAUUUAUCUAUCCCCUGACGGUCUUUACGGUGGUGGGAACGAGAAAACAGGCUAUACAGGAAUCGUAGGAGAAAUCACGGAGAAUGUGAGUACCAGAAAACAAUUCGCCUAGCGAAAUAAUGACAACUGCUUUAAGGAGCUGUAUCACGAAACGUAGCCACAUUGUGCCACUGGCGGGGAGUGAGACAGAAAAUAAUCACUUAACCCUUUAAUUCCCAAUGGUGUCCAACAUCAAUUUUCUCCUAACCAUAUCCAUUGAUUGUCAAGAGAUUAGGUUAUGAGUAUUAAUAAAUUGAUCACCUAAGAGAAAAUGCUUUGAUCUUUCAUCAAAUUCUCUCUACUUAUUCUUUAAGGAAAUGUGUAGAGAUCAGUUUGGAGAAUUUGUAUGUGGAUAGGGGGCUUAAAGGGUUAAAGCAUUUGAGAAAGGUUUAGACUGACAAAGAAAAUACAAAUGAUGGCACGGAUGGGCAAAAUUGAAGAUAAAUAAAUGGAUUAUUCAGUUUGAGUUUCUGAAUCGUAUUUACCUAAAAGUGUUUCAAAAUUACGCCUCAGUGCUGUUGCUUAUAUCUUAUAACAUGACGCGCUGGGGACAAAUAUUCUGAAGCAUUAAAGUCCAUUUCAGAGUAGAUACGAGUAUGAUUUAUUAGCAAUGAAACUAAAUGGACCAGGCUGUCGUGGCAUAGCCUCCCUAGCUAACGUUCGUAGCCUGUCACGGCCCUUUAAAUGGGUAAUUAUCAUUGAUAAUCAGCUUUCUCCGCAUUUCGCUAGAUGAAAGAAUUGUCGUUGCAUGUGCAGUCCUCAAGAGAUAGAUACGGUGAUAGAGCUACAUGGGGAACGAAAAAAUACUUUUUUUACGGUAAUUGGAUUUUUUUUACCAUGAAAAUUAAUUUCCCGCUUGCAGCGAGCUGACCUUUCCACAUCGCCGCUGACCAUCAAUUCCGAGAGACUGGAAAUACUGGAUUUUAGCAAGCCAUUCAUGCAGUUCACAAUGAGUUUAAUCACCAAGAAACUGGACACUAAUGAUCAUGACCUGACUACCUUUAUGCUACCCUACUCCACUGAAGUCUGGCUGCUUACGCUCAUGUGUCUUCUGUUGGUGGCAGUGUUAAUGUACUUGGUAAAUUUCUUCAGCCCAUAUGGUCAUCGAUCGCGUCAUAGGCAUAGGCAUCUCGCAGAGACUGGUGAAGAAUUCGACUUCUACAACAGUUUAUGGUUUUGCCUCGCUUCCAUGUUACAGCAAGGAGCGGAUCAGACGCCAAAAUCAUUUUCAGGUGAAUUUUAACAUUCGGUGCACCGGCUGAAAUACUCCCUAUAUUGCCCACGACCUGCUGCUGCAGCAGUGCUAAGACAGUUCAAUGCUCUCUUCGCUGUAAAGAAACCCACAGAACGUUGUAUUGGGCAUUUUCUAGGGUAGAGAAGAGACUAGAUUAACAUUAGUUCAAAAAUUUUCCUUAAAUUUUCCUCAAAAUGCCAGUUGUAGUGUUGUCAAAAGGUUACAAGGAUACACCAAAAAAAUCCAGAAUUCGGGUCGUUAACAGAACAAAAUGAUAGAUGAGCAGAAGAAAAAAUCAUCCACCCCCGGUGGGACUCGAACCCACAACCUUUGAAUUAGAAGUCCAACACGCUAAUCCAUUGCGCCACGGGGGCUACACGUAUGUUUGUGGAAAUAUUUUAUUUUUAUGAAAUAAUUUACAUUUUCUUUGAUAAAAUUUUAGUUUAUCCUUCUUUGCGUUAGCCAUUGGUUGUUUUGUGUACUGACCAAAUGAUGGUACCUGUUAUAGGAGAAAUACCAUUUGAUCAAUUAAAAGCAAAUAAGGAAAAGAAAGCCAUUUUCCUUUUUUCCUGUUCACUGAAUUUACUCUUUGUUUGCAAGUCGAUAUGAAAUACAAUACAAUAAACUUAAACUAAUAUCUUGAACUGUUUAGACCCGAAUACGGUAUCGCAACCACAAGAUGCAUGAGAAAAUCAGCCGAAUUUCCACCUAAUCAUUUCAGCAACCUUGAUGUACUUCGUUAGCCGUUUUGAGACGAAUAGGUUCGCAGCAAUUAGUUUAAACACGUCGAUUGAACUACAGUCGACACCCUUUCCCGGACCAGGCUGAAUAUUCUUAUUUAUUGUAUAGAUACUGAUGAAAUUCCAAGAUUUUUCCUUUUACUGAAAAAUCAUAUUUUCAUCGCGCGCAGUGAAGAUACUAUUUUUAUUUUUCAUGUGUGAGGAUAUUGGUGUCGCCAUGGUUACUAACAUGAUUAGCCAAUUAUUGCCUCUAUUUCUCCUUUAUAACUUUAUAUCCGAGUUUCAUAACAUUUUUGUGACAGGUAUUUUGCGACAGGUGACCACUUUAAUGUGAGAGAAGAUAAAAUUCGUAUCCCCGCGCGGCCAUGUAAUAUCCUCUAUUUUUCCGCCGACUUUAAACUGAAAUAUUUUUUUAUAUUAUUAUUAUAUUAUAGCUUACGACAUUUCCGUUUUAGAAUAUAUUGGGGUAUCAUUUACAGUUAGUGCAGGUUUUUUCCAUUUUGUUGGCUAGUUUGGCCGUUUGGAAAAAGGAAUAGUUGUAAAACAUGUAGUUUUAUUGCAUUUAUUGAUUUCAACACACAACAUUAUAUCCUUUUCCUAAUCUCAGCCUUAGGUUUAUUCUUAAAAAUAUUCUUAAAAUUUGGCAAAUUUCAGCCUCAAUGAUCUUAUAAAAUAUAUUCUUAUAAAAGAAAAGAGUGUAUGCACUUGCAACUUGUCAAAAUGCCACUUCAGUAUUAACGACCACUUUCUCGCAAUGCCAAUUAACGCUUUCAUAUUGAAGGUACUAUAGUUGGAACUAUCGUAAUUGACAACCUCCGCAGGCUUCCUUAAGUCUUGUAAUGGUCUCUUACGUGUAGCUUGCAGAACAGGCCUAGGAGUUAUUUUUGAUAGCCUUUUCAGGAGAGCGAGAGCAAGUGCGAGGUGGGCUGUAGAGCGCCAGACACGCGCGACGGAAGGGAUCGAGGCGCGUAAUUCGUGCUAAAUUCGUCUGCCCAUACCCCAAUCGCGUUUUGUCCCGUUCGCCUUGAACGGACUACUCACAUGAAAUAUGUUAGUACCCUCUGUAUACUAUAUUGAUUAUAGUCAUUAAAAGGGCAGGUAACGCUGACUGGAUAAUAUUUAAUAAUUAUUCCUCGAGCCCGAAUGGGCCGAAUGGGCCGAAGGCCGAAUGGGCUAUUGACUCGGAGGCCAUGAGGGCGAGAGGAAUAAUUGUUUUAGUAAAAUCCAGCUAGUUGGUCAAAAAUAACGAGAAUAAGAAAAAUUUAGCUUGUUAAAGCUAGACUUUAAUCCUUUUUUGCCGCCAAAAAGCCUGCGCUUUUCGCUACUAGUGGGCUAUAACAUAUAGCCUAGUAGUGGCUCAACUAAUCAGAACGCAGCAUUGAUAACAGACCACUAGUUGGAUUUUACUGCCACUGAAUCAAUGAUUUAUCCUUUGUACAGCGCUAUUCGCAGUUCUUUGAACAACUUGGCCCUGAUUUGCAGUUAUCUUAUCCCCAGGUCGUGUUCUAGCCGGGUGCUUCUGGUUUUGUAUUCUGAUCUGGAUAUCGACCUACACAGCAAAUUUAGCGGCCUUUUUCACCGUCCGAAACAGUGAGAGGCAAAUCAACACAUUGGAGGAUGUUGUGGAGGGAAAUUAUCCAUUUUAUAUCCUGCGUGACAGUGCUAUUUUUGAGUUCUUUCGCGUUGCCGAUUAUCACACCUAUAGAAAGCUCUGGGAACGAAUGAACGCUGAAGAUACUUUUGUGAACUCUACUGACGAAGGCUAUGCGACGACAAGAAAGGUUCAGAAUGCGGUGUUUAUGUCAGAGGAACCAUCGACGGAAUAUACGAUCAUGCAAAAGCCUUGUGAUUUGAGGACAGGUAUGAUUUCAUUUCUAACAAUAGACCAUUAUAUUGUUUCUUGUAGUAAAUCAAAAUUAAGGUGGAAUUUUUGAAAUUUACUUCAUUGAUACACAGGAAAAAAAUCUUUUGGCGGUGAAGUCGCGGCCAUAAAGGAGAGCCUCCACAAGCGAAUUAUUUAGUAUUAAUAAUAAUAAUAAUAAUAAUAAUAAUAAUAAUAAUAAUAAUAAUGAUAAUCAAGAUGAUGAUGAUGAUGAUGAUGAUGUGAUGAUGAUAAUGACUGACAAAAAUUGAAUCGCUGACCCCGACGUGAUUUGAACACGCAGCCUUCUGAUCUGGAGUCAGACGCGCUACCAUUGCGCCACGGAGUCAACUACAGAAGACAUCGCUCACUAAAGUGGUGAUUUCCUACAACGCCCAGGAAAGUUUCGACCGUCUCUUUGAUCGCAUUUCGUAUCAAUGUACUCUACUAAGGAAUUUUGAUAUUAAGCGUCUUAUUCAUUACUCGCUUGAAUUCACUUGGUUUCACAACCAUAACAACCAACCAAUAUAAAACGGUUGCCUCUCCGUUCACCUGCGAUCAUUCCCCCCUCCCUUUUCUCCUUACUUCUCAAGAGAAGAAGGGUUCUUUUCUACCCAACAACUAAACAAUACUAACUUUUAUCUCUCAUCCACAGUUAAAAAUCAUCAGUCAGAGUGAAACGAUUAAAAGUUUAACUAAUUUAAGCUAACAACACAAAAAGUUCUAACAACGAUAAGGAAUAAUAAUUGUAAAAAAAAAAAUGCACCUGCUUUCCAUGGCUCGAAAAAUGGUUAUGCGCACCUACCCCUCCCCCCCACCCCCCCCCAAGCCAACAUUUUGCCCUAAAAGAGAAGUAAGUGUUAAUAUUAGCCUAGGGGAGGGGCCGGGGAAGGUGGGCAGUUUCCCAGAAACGUAUCAAUGAUCCGUUGUAAACCGUGUACCAUACUUCAAAAGAAAUCACUGCAGCCGGAUUAGAAGAGAAAAGAAUUCGCGCAUGCCGAAGCUCAACUAUACCUCUCCUCUAAGGAAAAAAAAGAUUAAACAAACCCGUACUCCUGAAGGCUAUCUCCUCUCAAUAUAACAGCCACGUACCCUUCUCUUUGUGAGGAAAAGAGAUUGUAGAUGACUCCGUGGCGCAAAGGUAGUGCGUCUGACUCCAGAUCAGAAGGCUGCGUGUUCGAAUCACGUCGGGGUCAGCAUUUUCAAAGCCCCUUAUUUAUUUAUUUAUUUAUUUAUUUAUUUAUUCAUUUUUGCGCAUACAAUCCCUUAUCUUUCUCGCCAGAAAUCAAAACCUGUACCUUAAUAUGAUAAAUGGCAGAAACGCUUUUAAGAACAGAAAUAUCGCAAUUUAUAGGGUGUCCCAAGUUCGUUCCUCUAAUUUCAUGCACUAUAACUUUUGAACAAAACUUUAUUUCUUCAUCAGAGAAAAUAUCUAAACGAUGUUUAUUGCUCUGUCGAGUCCUUGUAUUCAGAAGUUCAGUAACCGGCACGCCCCCUUUGUUUGGUUGUUUGGUUUUGUUUUUUUUUUUUAUCACGUUCCGUUAAGACGUUGCGGCAUGGAGGGCGGAUAAGUCAUACAGCGCCGGUGGAGGUCCAGAUGAUCCAUUUUGAUCAUUUUUAUCACCUCAGUGGUACACAGGAGCCAUUUCGACCCCAAACAAUUUCAUGUUUUAGAUUAGGCAGCUGAAAAAAAAAUCCUUUAGGCAUUCAUCCAAAAAAAAAGCCUUUCCGCAGUAAGGCUUUUGUACUUCUUUCUAAAUUUGAGACGAGAUGAACGUUAACGUUGCUUGACAUACUGAACAGAACCUUUUUUGUUAUCUCAGCAGCUCUCAGGGGCCUCCUACUCUUCGCUUUUCAUGACCCUGGUCCAGACUAAGCUUGCUAACUGUUGUAAGAGCUACCUGGUUGAGUUCCUCUUUUGUACCUAGCCUUCUUUAAAACUGUUUUAGCUGCUUUAUUCAGGACUUUCGGUCUUCCUCUUUGUUUCUUGUCUUCAAAACCUUUAUUUCGUGUUGACCAUUUAAUCUCCCAACUUUCAGAUUUUCGAAGUUUUUUUAGCAAUUUCUUUAACUGAUAAGCCCAUAGACCGAAGUAUUCAUGGUUAUGCUUUCACGUAACUGAGCAUUUUUGCGUUAUCUUUCAUGAUAUUCACAAAAAACAAGGAAGGAGUUCGAGCAAUUAGUGCUACAAAAAAAUUAUGUGGCGGGAAAAUAUACUCGCGCACGCGCACUUUUGGCGCGAGAGUACACAAAUCGAAUAUCCGAGCCGAAAGAUGACACAUCAAGUAUGAAAGAUUAAAUUAGAUGGAAAAGACAAGAAUUUUCUUUCAACAAUUUGCUUAUAUCAAGUCAAAUUGUACUUCAUUACAGAGACGUCUGACUUAUAAAGAAGAGGAACGAACUUUUGGGACACCCUGUGAUUGAAUUGAAUUGAUUUAUUUUGUUGCAGUGCAUGGCCUUCUUGGGGCUGGAAGUUAUGGUGUGGCUAUGCCUAAACACUCUCCUUAUAUCAGGAAUAUUUCUGUAGCGAUACUGAGACUGCAGGAGACGAGUGUGUUAGACAGUUUACAUAGAAAAUGGUGGGAAUACAAAAGUCAUUGUCCUAAGGACAGCAGCAAAAGAGGUAGGGCGUCAGGGUUUGAAUCAAGCGCUUUAAAACACUAGGCCAGUGUUGAUGGUCGAAUCGUUGACCCGUUUGUAAGUGAAAGAGAACCAAGAGACUAUAAAGGGGACAGAGAGGGCAUCCCCCAUAUACACCCUAUUCCAUAGGUAAUUCGUCUCGAGUUAUUGUUAACACCACAGAUCUCAAGGGGGAUUAGACAACAGCCAAUCACAUAGCGCGAAUGUGUUCCGCGUGGAUGACCCACGCUGAGAACCACGCGUCCUUCACGAAAUGACGCAGAACAAAAUGGGGGAAGACGCGGAGAGCGAUUUUGCUAUUCCCUUUGUCGAGGAAAACGACGACAGCGAGAUUUCUGCGAAAGCUGUGUCAGCGAAACCGAAAUUAAAAAAGAAUCGCCCUUCCUCUCUUGUAUAGAGCUAACAGUAGAGCAGGGAAAUCCUUAACACACUGAAUAUUCUCUCAGGAUCAUUUAUAAUUUACAGUUUGAAGAGAGCAAUUUCUGGUUUGAUGUUUAUUUUUUUCAGUCUUUAUAGCGAUUAUUCCUACCCACUUACUUUGUCAAUUGUAGGCGAACCCUCCUAAAGCUGAAUUUCAAGGGACCAUAUUCAAGCUCAGAAAGAGAAAUAAAAUUUCGUCGUUGCUUAUUUACGUCCUCCAUAAAACGCGAAAUUAGGCAUUUUCACGUCGUAGUCGUGCAAAAACGGGAAAGAAAUGAACAAAAAAGUGUGUUGCACGUGCGAAGUUGUUGUUUUGCUAAUUAAACCUAUUGUUUUUUUGACGUUCUAGUUGUCGUCCGCGUCGUUGGAUCUUAAACUCCCUAAAUUGUACAAACGACCGGUUUCAAUAGACCGGCGAAAUUUCUCAUUUUAUUAAAGCACUGAGGUUACGACAACUUCGAGUUAAACUGAUUUCACGGGUUGUCAAAGAGUCCAGCGAUUCCUUUUUCCCAGGUGAGCGCCGACUCAUUUCGCUUCAAUAUUCAGGAAUGCUCUCGAUCUUUUUACGCUUUCAUUGCCUCUCGCCCGACAUGUUUUGCACGGCGUUUGGUCAUGCGAAACCUCCACGAAACAUCCACGCCUCGCGCGAGGUAACUUUAUCCCGAUUCUAAAAAUAACUCGAGACGAAUUACCUAUGGAACAGGGUGUAUAUGGGGGAUGCCCUCUCUGUCCCCUUUAUAGUCUCUUGAAGAGAACAUAAUUAAGCCACCGUUAUAUUAGCAGUCUGUUGGUCACAGUGACUGUCAAAGCCUCGUAAAGUGACAUAGCUUGCCUAUAAGGUAGUUUUCUUCUCUCUUUUUCUCUGCUUCUUUAUUUUUCCUUUCCUUUUUUCCUUACUUUUUCUUUUUGUUGUGUUUAUAGUUUGUGUUUGGUUAAGUAAGAGAUACAGCUGCUCGGACAGCUGAACGGAAGUCAAAUGAGAAAAUGAUGGGGGGUGAGGCAAGAAAAAGAAGACAUAGCCGGAACAAAUUUCGUAGGUUCAAUGGAGGCUGUUUUUCUGUCUGUCCCCCGCCCCCCUCCCCCUAUCGUUUUUUCGUUUGACCUCGGAUCAGCUUUCUCUUCCAUUUGCUGUAUCCCUUACUUCACAAAACGUAACCUGCAGUGCAGGCGUAUUUUGGGUGAGCGAAACCUUGUUCGUGUUCGUAAUAUUGUUGUAGCCGCCAUCUUUGAUUUUAUGACAGUGGAAGAUUGGGGAGAGUAGAAAUAGUAACCCUUACGGUAGGUGCGAGGGCGAAAGAAGGAAAGUGGGGAGGGGGAGGGGAGAAAAAAAAUACGGCGUUUUCUCUUCUCUCUCCCCGCCCCUUCCCCGCUCCCUUUGACUCGCCCCAUCUCCUCCUCUCUUCGGGAAGUUUCAUCAUGGCGCUUUCGCGCGCAAAUUGCGCGCUCAAAGAAAACGCCUGCACUGCAGGCUACACAAAACGCAAACGAAAAACACACCAAGAAAAACAGCCUGCUACGCAGGCUAGGGCCAAGGCCCAUCGUCGAACUUUUUAGCAGAUGGAUAGAACAUAUUGGUUUUUCUAAACUUAUCCAAGCGAAGUUAACUGAGACAGGGGGACACGCCGGUCAGCCUGUUGCUAAUAGGGCGCUUAAGCAACAACGACGGCGACGGCGACGGCGACGGCGACGGCUACGAAAGCGUCACUUAAAAAGUAUAUCCGCGCUGCCUCAAACUUUAUCGCGAUUAUUCCAUCUUUUUUAAUUCAUCAAAUGCUGUUAUUUCUUUGGAGUUUAAUUCUAAAGGAUUCAUAUCAAAGUUCAGGAAAAGAAAAGGACAGUUGUUGUCUUGUGUUCCCGUCCUCAAUCAACAAAUCGUGAAAUUGGGCAUUUUCACGUCGUAGUUUGCAGUGACGGCAAAGAAAUGUACAAUAAAAGCGUGAUGAACGUGGAAAGUUGUUGUUUUUGCCAAUCUAAACCCGUUGAUUUUUUUGUCGUUCUCGUUGACGUCGCCGUCGUUGUUGCUUAAGCUCCCUAAUGUGUCUUCCCUGUCCCAGGCAACAGUUCCAGAAGUGUUUUCGAAAGUUAACUCGACCCGAUUUCCUUUUUAUGUCUAAAGUGGCAAAUUGAGCUUGAAUUUUUUAAAUAUCACAGCUGUAGGUGACAGCAAGAGGAUUCAGCUGGAAAACAUGCUGGGAGUCUACCUUGUGCUGGCUGCAGGUGGAUGCUUCUCUGUUAUUCUGGUAUUAGUAGAGAUAUGGUGGAGGAAACAUGGGCGUCACUGUGUAGCUGUGUUGCGCACUAAGCUUUCAUUCAUGAGGUACGCCGCUCAGUCAGGGACUAUACAGGGGCUUUGAUUUGGGGAGUGCAGGAGUCAGAGUGCAAUUUUGGUUUUUGGAAACUUGUAAGACUAACAGUACCCUGCGAGCAGAGGCACUUAUCUAGGAAGAUCGAAGGGCCUCUGCUCGCAGGGUAGACUAACAGGUUUUAACCUGUGGAUACCGGAAAUGUAUCCAAAGGGUUUUUGUGAUGGGUUUCGAUAUGCAAAUGUGUCACUCGCUCACUUUACGUUGACAGAGAUCGGCUCUUCGGCUCCAACCCGAACUCCUUGCCCUAAAUGAAAACGACAUAGUUCGUAGUUGCCGAACUAGGGCUCCUGAGCAUUGUUCACUCCCGCAUCCAAGAUAACCUAAAAAGAGUUUUCAAUGCAUUUACAAUAGGAAGAAACCGUCGUUGGGUGCCCCUGAUAGGUAAGAUACGGACAUAAAAAAAGUUUUUUAUUAUCAUUGUUAUUUUACAGAGAGAAGACUUCGACAAUUAUUCGCGCAUAUCCCUCUUCUGUUCAAACCAGGGAUGACGAAGCAGAUCACAAAGACGACUACGACAAUGAUAUGUACGAAGGAACUCCAUGCUAGAUGCCCUACAUUUUAUUUGUUAUAUUUGUACUUGCAACGAUCUCCCAUAUAACUUUUAAAAAGCU